AAGGUUCCGGCGUCGUUGGCACUCCAGUGCCUGCGGUCUGUGCCGCUAAAGAAACAGCCCGCGCUCAAGCUCCUGGCGAGCUUGAAAUCAUAUGCGUCAUGGCAGAGCACUCUGGCAUGGCUCAAGGACCCGCCAAAGUCGUACUCCUUCCCGGCGGUCGAUGUCUUAGCAGCACUCGACAACAUCACCACAACUGUCAGCAACGACGGAUACUCAAACGAGUACGACCUGCAGCUCGACAUAUACAAGCUCGUCAUCUCGGCCCAUGACGGGCAUUUCUCAUUUGCUGGCGACGUCUUCCGACCUUUCAACUUCCAGAACGAUUUGGCUGCAAGAAUCAUCUCAGUGUCUCGGGACGGUAUCGAGGUACCGCAGUUGUAUCCUUAUUGUGUCAAGGCUGAUCCUGUGGCCAUCACGGAGAUCAAUGGCGUGAAUGCGACCGAAUUCAUCAUUAAGCAGAAUGCCGAGUUCAGCUCGUUCCAGGAUCCCGACUCGCAAUGGAACUCAAUGUUUCCAUCUGUAGCCAAGCCACAAUCAUUCCUCACGGUGGCAUCCUCACUGGUAUACCAAGGGGAUAGUGUGACCCUCACGUACGCGAAUGGGACAAAGCAGACCGAGCAGAGCUAUGCCGCCUUGUAUGCAGACUUCAGCAACAUCAAGAAUGGCGACGACUUCUACACCAAGUUCUGCAGUGGCAAGUCAGCCGCAGGGUCGAUGCGGUUAGCGAAACCAGCGGUGGAACUGGCGAAACGACAAGCUGCAGGAUUCCCAGCGCCUAUUGUUGCCGAUCCUGAGGGUGCGAUAUCCGGCUAUUUCCUGAGCGGCAAAGGAUACGACGAUGUCGCCGUUCUUGCGGUUAAGUCGUUUUCGACGACUGGCACCCAACCCGUGAAAUUUUUGAACGACUUUCAAAAGACAAUCUCGUCUUUCCUGGCGCAAUGCCGUACUGCAGGCAAACAGCGCCUCGUUAUUGAUCUCUCGGCGAAUGGUGGUGGCUAUGUCGUGGCUGGAUACGAGUUGUUCGCUCAGAUCUUCCCUGAGCUUAAGCAUUUCGGUGCGACCAACAUCCGCCGGACUGAGAGCUUCGUAACAAUAGCAAAGAUCAUCGGCGACCUGCCGGCGACCUUUGUGCCCACGUCAAUGGAGCAGCAGAACUCUGUGCAGACGCUGUCACAAAGUACCAUCAUGACCAACCUCAUCCCAGGAAGCGUGGAGAAGCCCGAUGGCGAGGAUUUCGUGACGGUAGAUGACAUUUUGGAGCCCGUGACUCUCCACGGGGACGAGUUCACCGCAUAUCAGUUCACGCCCCUCGACUCGGCUUUGCCUGGAUUUAACGUGACCGGCGCUCCUGGCCAGCCCAAGCCGCCACCAGCAGUCUUCAAAUCCGAGAACGUGAUGCUGCUCACUGACGGCACCUGCGGGUCAACGUGCACCAUCUUUUCUUAUCUCAUGACGAUGCAGGCGAGCGUCAAGUCAACCGCGGUGGGAGGACGACCUGUCACUGGGCCAAUGCAGAGCAUCGCGGGCGUAGAAGGCUCGCAAGUCUUUCUCUUCUCGGACAUCAAGAGAACUGCUAAUGCAGCUAUCGGCCUCGUGGACAGCAACUUCCAGAAAGAGCUACGGAAUGGCGACUUGGGCGUCCUGGCUGAGGGCUACGCUCUCGCCCGCGCGACGGAUCCGAAUAACGCUGGUGGCAUCAACGGCAAGAACAACUUCCUGCCUGGGAACUCUUCCACGCCGGCCCAGUUCCUCUAUCAGCCAGCAAACUGUCGCUUUUUCUAUACGGCUGCAAUGCUGAGUGACGCCAAGGCGGUGUGGCAGCGAGCAGUCGAUUCGAGCUGGACAGAUCCUGACCGCUUCUGUGUCGCCGGCAGCCGGAUCUCGGUGAACACGACGGCGAGUAUG